AAAUGAAAACCUUCCCCCUGGGAAGGGAGUCAAGGGACUUUGCCACGUCACACAAUUGUGUUGGUUCCUCCUGGCAAUGUUGGCUCUGAUUUCAUGAUCAUCCUCUUUUUGCAGGCCAGGUGGUGUAGGCAGACCUCAGGGGGUCCUGCCUCCCUUGACAUGUUUGAACAUAUCAGCCUCAUAACCCUGGACAGCUUGCGGAAAUGUGUCUUCAGUCUGAAAGCAAUUGUCAAGAAUGAACAAAUUGACUUAAUAUGUUUCAGGAGAUCAAGCGAUGACAUUGCAGCCAUCUUAGAACUCAGCUCCCUCGUAGUGCGGCAUCAGCACCAACUGCUCCGUCAUUUUGACUGGGUCUGCCACUGGACAGCUGAUGGCCACCACUUCCAUCAUGCAUGUGCCAUCAUGCAUCGUUUCACAGCUAAUGUGAUUCGGCAACAGCGCAUCACACUUAGCCACUUGGGGCGUGAUGCUUGGGUCAAAUCGAAGCAGGAUGAAACCAUGGACUUCAUUGAUUUGCUGUUGUCCAAGGAUGAAGAGGGUCAUCACCUGUCUGACGAAGACAUCACAGCUGAGGUCGACACCUUCAUGUGUGAGAGUCAUGAUACAACAGCAAGUGCCUUGUCCUGGGUGCUGUAUAAUCUGGCCCGACAUCCCAAGUACCAAGACAGAUGCUGGGAGGAGAUUCAGGAUCUGAUGCGGCGGGACACGGAGAAGAUUAAAUGGGAAGACCUCUCUCAGAUGCCUUUUAUCACUGUGUGCAUUGUGGAAAGCUUGUGUCUCCACUCACCAGACACAGUCAUUUCUCGAAGCUGCACUGAGGAUGUGAAACUGCCUGAUGGAUGAGUUAUUCCCAAAGGAAACACCUGCCUACUCAGUAUCUAUGGGACCCAUCACAAUCCUGCUGUCUGGCCAGAGCCUGAAGCUUAUAAUCCCGACCGCUUUGAUCCAGCUACCAUUCAGCAACAGCCCCCACUGGCCUUUGUGCCCUUCUCAACAGGUAGCAGGAACUGCAUUGGGCAGAACUUUGCUAAGUCGGAGCUGAAGGUGGUGCUGGCACUGACAUUACUGCGGUUUGUGCUGCAGCUGGAUGAGAGUCAGUCUGUGAUCAAGCCAGAGCUAAUCCUGAAAGCAGAGAAUGGGCUGUGGCUGUGGGUGGAGCCACUGCUUGCUUGAUCUUGGUUGGAAAACAACUCGCAUGCAAGAUGGGGAGUCUGGUCUUAGCACCUUUGUCUGUAUUGCAAGAGACAAAGGACUCGUGGAAAUUAGAUGCUCAAGUAGGAUGGAGGGCAGGGCUGUGUUGUGUGUGCAUCUGCUUUGUCACUGUGCUGCCCUGCUUAGUCCUGGUUUCUACAUUGCCAU